AUGAUAAUGCAUAUAAUUAUUGCUUGCUUUAGAAUUAUUGAGUACUUACUUAUAUAUGGAAUAAUUUUAUUGAUGAAUAAUUUAAAAAAUCAUGAAUAUAUAACAUGUAAGCCUAUUCAUAGUGUCAUUAUUGAUAAGGAAAGUAGAGAUAGAAAGGAAUUGUACGAACACUAUGUAGAUUAUUAUCCAGUUUAUGAAACCGUUAAAUUAUAUCCAGAUAAAUGCAAAGAAUUCUAUCAUUAUGUAAAAUAAAUGAAAAAAAUUGGUGACCCGAAUUUUAUGAUAAAUAUAAAGAAUAUGACCCAGAUGAAAUGUUAUCUACCCUUGGAUGAACUCCACAAAGGGACGACACAAUUCCAACUAGAGAAACACACUCAGAAGCGCUAUCAGUUGACAUUCUUCCUCUCAGUACUCAAAUUUUACCUGAAAAAUCUCACACUGUAAAUGACUUCUGGCGUUUUAUACAGAGUAAAUAUAAAUUCAUUCAUACAAAUUUACUGCAUAAGAAGAUGUUUACGGAGACGACAUGGAAAUAGCAGAAAUAUUGUAAGUAAUCUAAAUGUAGCCUACAAUGGAUUACUUGAUUAUACAGCAAAAUCAUUUAAUCCAUAUUCAGGUGAUGGAGAAGAACAAUAUAUAGGGUACCACCCAUCAUAA